CCGAUAUGCACCUGCAACCUCUCCGUGUAGUCUCCCUCUCUCCUCUCCUCCUCCCCCCUCUUCUUCCAUUCUCUGCUGGGCAGCAGUAGUGAACAAAGAGGCCACCAUGCACCUGGAGAGAACCCGCCCCGUCCAGCCGGUACGGGGCUCCGCUGUGGACGGAUCAGGAUGCAGACUGAUGCAUUAACCACCGUAAAAUAGCAAAACAGCAGGAGGGUAUCGGAGCUGCAGCAUGGACGUUGGAGAGAGGAACGAUCGACAUGAAAGCCAUGUAGCCUAAUUCUAUGGACAUAAUAAUAAGGGUGGGUGGGGGAACCCGAAAAGCGUUUGGAUCAGGGGGUAAUUAGGGAUCUGGUUUGGUGUUUUGUUCUUCCGAAUCCACCAAACGCAGCACUUUCCUCCUGUUAACAUCCACCGGAGUUUGUUAAAAUGAAGGGCGCAGAAAGUCCGGCGGAGGACAUCUCCAAAAUAUCCGACGAGGAGCUGCUAAAGUGGGGCAAAGAGGAGCUGGUGAGGCGGCUGCGGAGGGCAGAGGUGGAGAAGAGAUGCGUCAUCAUGGAGCACGGAAAUCUGAUGCGGGAGGUGAACCGGAGGCUCCAGCAGCACCUGACCGAAAUACGGAGCCUAAAGGACGUGAAUCAGAAACUGCAGGAGGACAACCAGGAGUUGCGGGACCUGUGCUGCUUCUUGGAUGAUGACAGACAGAAGGGGAAGCGAGUGUCGCGGGAGUGGCAGCGUCUGGGCCGCUACAGCGCUGGCCUGAUGAGGAAAGAGGUGGCCAUUUACCUGCAGAAGUUAAAAGAGCUGGAACAGCGGCAGGUGGAGGUGGUUCGGGAGAAUUUGGAGCUCAAAGAGGUGUGUUUAAUGCUAGAGGAGGAGAGAGCUGCAGCCACAGCUGGAGGAGGAGAAGGUGGUGUUGGCAGCCAGGGAGACCCAGGCUGCAGCAACUCUGUAGACAGUCAGAAUAGUCUGUCUCAGCUGGGUGGAGGCAUGCAUGUGCUUGGCCUACUGCGGGAUGUUGGUGAUGGUAGCAGCGCCUCCAGUGCAGGAAGCACAGAUAUCCCUGAUAACACCCACCAGAAACCCCCUCCUCUGAAGUCCAAUACUGGCGCAGGACCUGCACCAAGAUACCUCUCCUCAGAGCAACAUGGAGAUCUGUGUGGAUCCACUGGCAGGAGGCACAGCUCAACUCCCGAGUACCACACCUUCCCCCAAUCUUGCCGCCCCAGAGGUGGGUCCCUCACUAACCUGGACCCCCUGGGGCUUCAAGGACACAGCCCAGAUAAACACAGCAAGUCUCCCUCCAGGGUAUCAUGUGAUUCCCACCUCAAACCCUGCAGCUCUGACCUACUAGCCCAGAAACAGCUGCUGAUGUCAGGGCAAGCGUCACCAGGCACUGUGAGGGGCUCAGUUAAGUCCAGCCCAGAGCUGAAUCAGAGACACUGGCAGGUAAACAUGGCAGGGCCUGGCUGUGGGAAUCCUGAGACCAAGCAGACAGGGAUAGGAAGCCUGGCGCACCUGAGGAAAGGGCGGGUAAUUGUGGGGAGCCCAGAAUCUAUGCGACGGCACCACCUUUAUCAGAACAGCCCUGGGAUAGACUGUGGCGAGGGGAAUUGUAGCAAUGGCUCCUCUGGAAGAGAAGGGGACCAAAAGGGGACCAUAGUAGAGGAGAUUACCCCGCACCAGAGUCUGUACAACGCUUUGAUAUCGGCUGGCUGCUGUACCAAUUCCUGUCAAAGUGUAAAGCUGUGGGACAGCUUUGAUGCCUCCUGACCACAACAUGCCUCCUGAUCCAAUGCUGCUAUUUCAACACACCUAACAGACAGAGAAAGAGCGUUGAUAUGAUUGAUGCAUAAAUAAUCCCAAGAAUCGGAAUACCAGGGAAAGGCGAAGGAGUGAAACAAGACAACAAAGAGGCAAAACAUUGGAACCACACCGUUGCUGCUAUGCAUUUCCACUAGAAAAGACUGAAUGUUGUUGUUUGGAUAGGUGGAGGCCCAACCCUUUAUUGCCAAAAAGAAGAGAUGAAAAUAGCUAACUCUGCUCACAAUCAUUAUGUUGCCAAUGAUAUAGUCCUACCUCUACUGAAGGAUGGAGCUGCUUUGGGUAAAAGAAGCUUGAUGAUGGAUGAGGAGCGAUUUCUCCGCUGGAGGUUACAGCCCCAUCUCUUCAG